CGAGAAGAAAACAAGACAUGAAACAAGACCAACGUAAACACAUUUUCUAGUGCAGUGGCAUAAUUUCAACACAUGAGAGCUAUUUUAUUCAACUGGUGAUCCUAAGAAGAUAAGAUAGUGUCAAUAAUGAUAUCAACACACAUUUUGUGGCCAGGAUAAGGAUGUUUUCCUUGCGUAUAGUAACAGUGGACCACUAUCAGGGGACUCCUGUCAAUGGUCUUGAUCCACAGUAUUCUACCUUCCGCGGGGCACCGGUGAAGCGUGUUCCUGUCUUGCGCAUCUUUGGUGCUACGCCAGCAGGCCAGAAGGCAUGCUUACACGUACAUGGAGUUUUUCCAUAUAUUCUUAUUCCGUACGAUGGUGCAGAAUCUCUUUCUCGCCUGCCAUACAUUCUGGCAGCAGCUCUGGAUAAGGCACUUAACAUUGCUUUGGGAAAUGCAAAUUCAAAUGCUCAACAUGUCUAUAAAGUGCAGCCUGUGUCAGGAAUACCGUUCUAUGGAUAUCAUGCGAAGGAGCACCAGUUUCUCAAAAUUUUCUUCUAUAGCCCUGUUAUUGUGAAAAAAGCAGCAGAACUAUUACAGAAUGGGGUGAUCAAUAACAAGAUCUACCAACCACAUGAAGCCCAUGUGCCAUAUGUGCUUCAGUUCCUGAUGGAUCAUAAUUUACAUGGGAUGAACAUGAUCCAUUUGGGUACCUGUAAAUUUAGGAGGAAAAAAGAAAUGGGAGAUAUCAAGGAAUCUGCAAGAAACACGCCUGAAGUAUUUCCUGGGCCAUCUUCUGCUGACACUGUUUCUCAUGAGUCUUUGGGUAGUAGCAGCAGCCAGAUAAAACCAAGUACUAAAGUUUGGACAGAAGAGAGCAUACCACAACACCUUUGGCUACCAGAAACUGUGUCCCGGUCGACUACGUGUGAAGUUGAGGUGGACGCUCUGUUCUCUGAUAUCAUCAAUAAAAUUCAGCUAGGUGCGGGAAAUGUAACAAAUCCGGGGUUGUCGUACAUUUGGGAAGAUGAGCUGCAGAGGUGCAAGACAAGGGGCCAAGCAGUCGAAGACCUAAAGCCGCCAGAUUCUCCUCCAAGAAGUAACAUCACUCCCUCUGAUUCGGAGCUCUUCUACAGAUCAGUGUUGAAGGAGAAGACAGCGGCUCUGCUUAAGAAAAUGAAAGACGGUGAAGGCGAAGAAGCUGGAGUGAGUCUUGCGGCUGUCACCCCUGACGACUCUGUUCUAGCCCCAGCCACAGCGCCCGACACCUCGGUUCUUGCAGAUGUAUCCACGCUCAAUCAGGAACCGGAUUUAGAUGGUGAUAGAAGUGAUCAGGUAGACGUAGAGGCAUCGCAGGUUGAUGAAGAGCUUAUUCAGAACCUGACGCAACAAACACCAUCGCAGUGGAUGGACGUGAGUGACGUAGACCUAUUGAACGUGAUGGCAGGGCUGGCAGACGGCUCCCAAAUAAUCUCUCCGGAGGACAAUGAUGCCAUUCUGUCCACCCAGAGACCCUCAGGUUCCUGUGGAACUAAUGAAGCUACCCUUCAAACCCAGUCGAGCGAGGGCAGAGAAAAGGAAGAGGAAAGCGAUGAGGAUGAGACAAGACACAUGACUCAGCGCAUAUGGGAUUCCAUUUUGCCAGCAAAGGAGGAAGAAGAGGAGGAAGAGAAAGAAAAAGAGGAGGAGGAAGGAGAGAAUAAUGAUAGACAAAAGUCUUCCACCCAUAAGGAUUCUUUAAGGGACCAGUCUCUUCUAAGGGAAGACAAGGACAUAGAGGACUUAGUGGAAGGUCCUGGCUGUAGUUUACCGCAGUUGGAUGGAGCAAUCGACUGUGUUCGUCUGCUGAAGUCUGAGGCUAGAACUAAGGAAUGUGCAUUGCGAGAAACCUUUGUGCCUUCAGGUAGUGCCCAAACUGUAGAAAGAAAUACUGUGAUAAUGAAUAUAGCUCAAAACUGUGAUUCAAAAGUUUUAAGUAAACACUGUGACAAUUUUUUGUCAGGAAAUAAGCAAAAAUGUGAUAGGGAAAAGAGUGAAAACAAAGAGGCUAUAUCACUAAAGAGAAAGAAUUUACCAAGAACUAGGGAAGUUGAUAGUAAGAAAAGGAUUGAAAGGAAAUCAAGUUCAGAAACCAGUGAUGAGGAAGUCUUUAUUAUUCCUCAGUUUGAUGGUGCAAAUGACAUAGUGUUUCACAGUCGAAAGCAAAAGACUUCUAGUAACUCUAGUGCUCAGCAUGCAGGGCAAGGGAGCUUGAGUCAAAGACCUUCCUUACCUCAGAUGCAGUAUACGUCUAACUCAAAAUCAAUCAAUGCACGCGAGGCAAUCCGAGAAAACAUACUGAAAAAGAAACGAGGUGUUGUAGGUGAGGUAUCUCAGGUUGUGCACCCCACUCAGCAUCGCAGGCAAGAUCCCCAGGUACAACAGCAAAGACAGCGCUGUAACUCGCAACCUGUGCCUUACCCUUCAGCUCCCCAGGCUCCAGUGCCUUCAUCACAUAAUAACAGAGUACCUGCUAGUAUGUCAAGUUCAGUUCCUUCAGACAUAAACAUGGACAGGAUGCUAGGAAGGAGAAUGGAAACAUCAUCAAACAUGGCAUCUGGACAGUUUAUGCAAUCUAGUACAGCAGCCAGAGAAGAAAACUACAUGAGAUCAAAUGUUAGAAAUCAGUUUUCUGUGAAAACUGAUAGCAUGGGUCAUACUGACAGAAGAGAAGGAAACAUUGCUUCAGGAGUGAGUCAGGGCUUCCAGAGAGUAUCUCAGUCACAGGAGAGAAGCAAAUCAUCAAAGAAAAAUAGGAAGGGACAGAGGUCUGAAUUCAGAGAUCCUGGUGUGCCUUCCCAUGUUAGUUCCAAAAACUCAGACUCCAUGGGUAUGGCUGGUCCUCUUAACAUAACACCUAUUGCGAGUGGGAUGCCACAGGAAUUCCCAGGCAUUGGGAAAGCUCUUGUUGUACCAGCACUGGUAACAAAUAAAAGAGUGAAUGUUACUAAUUCACAGGUAAUGCUGUCACCUAAUCUAGUUAUGCAGAAUUCUGGAAAUGUCAUCUUCAACCAGUCUUCUUAUGAAAGUGGGAGCAGUCAACAAUCACCCAAUGUAAUGAUGGUCCAGCCUACUAUUGAACAGGAGAACAGUGGGGGAAGAAGGCAUGCUCAAAUUAAUAAUCCCUUGAGGCACACAACAGAAAGCUCAGACAGAUCCUCCUCAAAAAGUGCGUCUUCAAGCAGUGGUUCGUUCAGAGCAUCUCGUAGUAGCAAGUAUGCAGAGGGUGGGCAUCAAGGUUUUUCUGGCAGUAAUCUUGCAGGUGCUCCUGGACCCUUAAAAAGCAUCAUGCGACAGCAUUCAGACCAGUCUGUUUAUUCUCCAAUAUCUGAUGAAUCAGACAUUGAAAUUUCUAGUACAAAAAAUGCAGUGGCACCAAAAAGUUCUGAAACUGCAGGUGAAAGGAGUAGUAAACAAUCUGACAUCCUCCAACAAGCUCUCCAAGUUCUGGACAUGUCUCUGGACAUUGACAUUGAACCAAUGGAUAAUGAAAAUUGUAGUGUCCAAAAAGAAUCUCCAAGCACGACAUCAUCGCAAUCCAGACCUUCACCUGUUGGAAGACACAGUCGUGCAUCAAAUCAAAACCAGCAGUCAAUGUCUCACAGUAUGUCAGAUUCUGCAAAAGCUGGUGGUGCUGAAGGGUCCAGUAGCAGAUUUGAGAACAGCAAGUGGUCCAGUCAGGAAAGUGAUGGCAAAAGUGGUACAGGGUCAUGGGAGAGGAGAUCUCAUCACUCUAAGACAAAUCAGUCAAAACCAACCACCCAUGGAGAACAUUCGUCGUAUGCGAGAGACAUGGAAGGAAGGCAUUUGAGUCAGAAGGUCAGAGGAAAGCCCUCUCAAUCAGAUGUACAGAAUAUUAAGAGGUCAGAGAGGGAGGCCAAAGCAACUCCCACUGGGCAGACCCUAAGAACAAAUGAGGUAAGUGACUCCUCCAGUUCUAGCCAGUCUGAAAGUGGAUCAGAGAGGCAAAGUGACAGCGACUCCUCCAGGUCCUCCUCCCCGGAUUCUGGCGUUAGGGCACAGAAGUUGCAGGCGGUCAGGGACAGACACAUGACCACCCCAGUUACUCAGUCAAGGAGAUUCUCUCGGGUUGCCAGCACAGAUGUGUUUGAUAUGGAUUAUGACAUGACUCCACAGACUCCAGGUAGUGACCUCCCAGUUCAUGAUCCAGUUACCAAUCCAGCUGUUGGUGUUUUGAAUCAGGUGCCAAGACCACACAAGAAUAAACCAUCUCAUGCAGCAACAUCUUCAAAAAAGUCUGAAUCUGCAAUGCCCCAUAGGAAAAUGUCUGACUGUGAUAAUCCUGAAUGGUUCAACUUUGAUUGUCCUCCUACACCAGGGGAUCCAGUCAGCAGCAAGCACGGCUUUUCAGAGCCUAGUUCUGUUGUACAAAAGACUGAAGCCAAAAAGGGAAAUAAACGCCAGACUUCAGCAAGGGCCCAGUCAUCAUCUGGUGAAACUGCUCAAGUAUCUAAUGGAAGUUCAGAAUCAAAACGGAAAUCCAAGAAAAAGAUGGAUCGGUUGUUUGGGUCUUUUUCCCCUCCAGCCUCUUCCUCUGGAUCUACUCCAACACAGGAGGAGGGGUUGCAAGUAACAAACAUUAAACCUGUAACUGUAGAGCCUUUUGUUGAUACUUUUGAUUCUGAUGAUGAUAAUAAGACUCCAGAGCGUCCACAGACUCCAGGAAGGGAAGUUAGGGAUGAUCACACCUUUCGGACCCCAGCAUCAUCCCAAAAACAACACUCACACGACUAUUUUUAUGAUUAUUAUAUGAAUAACUUCCCAGAAAGACCUCUGACACCAGGAGGGAAUGAUGAAGUGCAGAACAUUUUCUCCAAUGAUUCAGGAGAUGAUGUUGCAAGAAAUCCGUACCAGCAAUUUGAAUCUAUUUUUGACCCAGAUCUCAUGGCCAGUAGCUUGCCAGAGAGACCAAGAACUCCAGGUGGUGGUUCAAGUCCAACUUCAAUGUGCCCGUCACUUUCACAGCCGUCUGAUAUUUCCUCCCUGUAUCUACCAGAUCAGCAGUUUAAGUCCCCUGGUCAUGCUCGAAUAAAUUUAUUUCCUGCAUCACCUGUUCCAGUGGAACCUGAACCUGUUGUGAAAAAAUCUCCUAAAACUCAAAGAUUUCCAUCGAAAUCUAACCUUCCAAAACAUUCCAGCCAGAUAUCUCAUUCCUCUCAUGACCAUCCACCUUCAGAUAGAAAGGAACAUGAGAAAAAAGAAAGCUACUCUACUCUUGAGAGUGGGCUUUCCCCCAAAGGCACGCAAUUUUCAUCAAGAAAUCGAGCAAGCAAGGAAGAGAAGAAGGCCUUGUCGUUAUCAAAGAGUGCAGUGAAAAGUAUGGACUCGUCCCCCUUUAUUGGCCUUGGAAAAGUUCCUGCACCACUGAGUCCACUUAGGGAACCCCCCACAUCAAAGAGUAAGGUUGAGGUAGAAUCAAGAAGCAGGUACCCAUCAGAACAAAAGAGACAAGCUAGACAAAAUGUGCAUGGCCGUGCUGGUGUGGAAGUAGAAACUAUUUCUGAACAGCAGAAUAUUCCCCACUCAAGGAAAGGUGAGGAAGAAUUAGGUCAUGGAGUGGAGUAUGGUGAGAUGCAAAAAUCAAAAAAGUCAAAGGCAAAUUUAGAAAGCAUGAAACAUAGAGGAAGGUCAGCAAUGCAUCAUGCUUUUUCUGAAGUGUCAGAGGAUCAAGGCAAAGAAGAUUCUCGAAGGAAAAACCAGCCUUUUCAGAAAACAGCUUUAGAGGGAGAGACAGCUGAUGACAGAAUGCAUGUAAAUGUUUUGAGAUCAGAAGGAGCCCACAGGCCUUCCAAUCAGCAGGCAGCAUCUCUUGCUCAUAGGAAGGAUAGGAAUUUCCCACGGCCCUCAUCUCAGGCAGGGAGUCAUUACCAUACACCACAAGGGGGUCAUCAGCAUCAUCCUGAUACACGCUCUCCUCCGAGAAGUCGUUACCAACAACACAUGGACAACAAGCAUGCACAACAUGGAAGUAGAUUCAGGCAGUCUGGAUCUGGAGGUAGAACACCAUCUGCAGAAAAUUUGCCACAACAGUCAAAUAUCACAGAAGUUUCUCCUGGUAGACAUAGGCCUAAAUUAUCACAAUGGAACAGGCAACAGGUGUCUCCAGGCAAUAAACAAGGACCUCCACAGGCCAACAGAUCUCUAUCUGGGAACCGACAACCACCACCACAAGUGGAACGAUCACAAAUUUCCUCAAGUAAUAGGGCUCAGUCUUCACAAGGGAGUAAAUCCCAGGUGUCUCCAAAUAACAAGCAACAGUUUUCACAGGCAAAACGACAGCAGAUGGCACCUGGGAACCAGAGACAUCAACCUCAGGACACACAUUCCCAAGCUCAUGUGCAGUCAUCAAGUAGCAGAUGGUCAAAGCCACACAAUUAUAACAAAGCAGCAGAAACAAGUAGCCAGCAGGUUACAGAAGAAGUGGAUUUUUCCCCACACCCUGAUGUUUCAAGUCAACAGGGAAAGAAAGUACAUAGAACAGACGCCCAAUUUGUACCACCACAAAGAUUGAGGCAAGUACAAGAUACUAGUACAAAAGACAACACAAAAAGUGGUUGGAACAAGACAGAAAUCAGCAGUGGCUUUAAAUCAGGAAGGCCAGUGGAACGCAAGGAACCUCAACCCUUCCGUCGUGAAAAGUCUGCAGGUGAAGAAAUGACUAAAAUGAGGAGUUUGAAAUCAAUUCCUUCAUUAGCUUCAACAUUUUGUAAAGCAAAGGCUCCAGGGAGAGAGACAAAUCUUCGUUCUCAGGAAUUUCCCCAUAAGAAAGGCAGUGGGUUCACAAACAUUCCUGAGAGAAGAGAGGAAAAGAAAGAUGGCAGAGAUAUUCUUGACCAAGAUGACUUCAACUUACCUUUCAUAGAUACAUCAUUACCUCUCAUGAGUCCGAUACCUUGCACUCCAGCUGCACAUAGAGAUGACUUCUGCUCAGUCUCUGAUAGUGGCAAUAAUGCAUUCCCUCUUAUGGAAUCAAUUCAACCUCCAAUGAGUCCAAUGGCCCCCACCCCUCGGCAUCAGCCGCAUGAUGACAUAAAUUUGCGCUUACAGCCUUUGAGUCCAGUUGAACCCACAGUUAAUCUUUCCGCCUCCAUGACACCUCAGAGUAAUGCACCCUUUAUCUUACCCAUGGCUCCUGGUCCAGUGAUGAGUCCAAUCCCACCGACCCCAGUGCGCACUACCUCCCCUGUUCGUAUGAGUCCCAUGCCUGUUUAUCCCUCAAUGUUAGGCCCCAUUGUAAGCCCCCUUGCAAACACACCAACACACAGCAUUGGAGAGAGCUUUUCCAUACUGAGUCCUGUGCCCAGUAAUGAAGACAUGUCAUCUCAUCACUCACAUCCAUUUGGUAGCCUUCGAGAGGCUGCAGAACAUUUUACUGUUCAAGCAGCCAUCAGUCCAAUGCCUCAGACACCUGCUCAUAUUGCUCAGAUGCCCCAGCAGCUUCCUUUAGUUAAAAACCCAACAACAACAGCUCAGACGCCCGCCAUGAGCCCAAUUCCUCCAACACCUUCAUAUUCUGAAACAGAUGAUUUUCCCCUUCCUCCCAUGAUGAGCCCUAUGCCAGUUUAUCCAUCAGUUGGACCGCUUGUAAGUCCAAUGCCUCACACACCAAGCCAUUAUGGAGUUGAGAGUAAUGAGCCACCAAUGAUGAGUCCACUCCCCAGUCUGCCCAGUGCUCCUGGCCCUGUCAUGAGCCCCUUGCCACAGACACCAUCCUAUGCACCUCAGACCUAUGUCUCUCAGUCACCUUUAUAUAUGCCAUAUACACCUCAUGCACAUGCUCCUCAGACACCCCUUCAUACACCAGAGGCAUCAGUUCACAACCCAGAAACCUCUGGGCCCUCUGAUACAACCAGCACGCAUGCAAUAGCUUCUAGUCCGAGAGUACAAUCAGAAUCUUCAGCACAACAAACCAAUACAUCACCUGUUCAGGCUACAGAGUCACACAAACAGAAAUUGCAACAGACUGCUCAUCAGUCACCCAAAGAUAGAUCGCAGUUUGAUGAAGACAGCCACCUUAAGUCAGGAACACUAGAACAUCACCCGGAACCAAAGACAUUUUCAAGUAAUACCCAGGCCAUAACAGGAUCUCAGACUCCAGUCACGCCUCACCCUCCUCACUCUGUAUCUCCACUUCAUGCACCCUUGACUCCACUUCAUGGACCCAUUACUCCACUUCAUGGACCCAUUACUCCACUUCAUGGACCCAUGACUCCACUUCAGGGACCCAUGACUCCACUUCAGGGACCCAUGACUCCUCUUCAGGGACCCAUGACUCCACUUCAUGUGCCCAUGACUCCUCUCCAAGCACCUCUGACUCCUCUUACACCUUUAACACCUGUACCAUCUGCACAGACACCUCAUACACCUCCAGCAACCUCAGAUUCUUUACAGUCACAAGAACACACACUACAUAAAGCAUCACAAGAUCUUGAGAGUAAGGGUUCAUUUCAACUGAAAAGUCCUAGUGAGUCCAUGGGUUAUGAUGGACAGUAUAGUCCUAUGCCAGUCCUCCCCUCUGUACCUGGUCCAGUGAUGAGCCCCAUGCCACAAACACCAGUACAUAUACCACAGACACCUCCAAGUGUUAGCAGCAUUAUUUUGCAGAGUGGAAGACAAAGUGUGAAUUUAACAGAUGCUGAUAGGAAGUCUCCCACUUGCACAAUGCCAGUCACUCCAAAAAAUUCAGAGGCAUUAUCUCCUUGUUUAGAAGGGAUGAUAGAUCCAGGUAUAAAUACUACAAAGGCAAUGAUAAAUCAAGGGGUGAGUAAUUUUAGUGUUGAAUACAGUGUAAGUGAUCAAUCAGGAGUGGCCAAAGUUGGGUCACCACCAGUUUUUGCAACAGAAUCUGUGGCUACAACUACUUCAAACCCACCGAGUGAAGGUAAAGACAUGAUGUCCACUAAGCUCUACCCAACCCUCUGCAUCCCUUGCCUCCAGUAA